CUUUGAAUCGCUUACGAGCCGUCGAGUCUCAUUUAAGUCCUAGUCUCCUUGAUAUGCCGCGCCAAGCCGUCAACAGAUGGGCUUGUGCAUAUUUUUUGGCGGCAAAAUGUUUUAAUCCAACUGUCUAUCAGUCUCUUCUUUUAGCAAAUUAAUUAGGGUUUUAUCACACAAUCUUAAUUCUCAAAGCCAUUCCUUUGCCUAUUGAUGAAUGUUUUCAGCAUCGGAAAUGGCGGAAAAAACUCCAUUAAAGGCUAAUUCGCCGGUUAUAAAGCCCAUAAACAAGGGUGUGAUCCAUAAAAUAUGUGCGGGUCAAGUAAUUUUGGAUCUUUCUUCGGCCAUUAAAGAGCUUGUUGAGAAUAGCUUGGAUGCUGGUGCUACUAGUAUCGAGAUUGCUUUGAAGGAUUAUGGUGAAGGUUGGUUUCAAGUCAUCGAUAAUGGUUGCGGCAUUUCCCCCAGCGAUUUCAAGAUUGCAAUGGAUGAAAAAAAUAUCACCAAAAAACAGAGAAUAUGCACACCUUCAUUUGCCGGCAAGCCGGGGCACCCAAAAAAAGAAUCAAGGCUCUUGCCCUCAAGCAUCAUACCUCAAAAUUGGCAGAUUUUUCUGACCUACAAAUGCUCACCACAUUUGGCUUUAGAGGAGAGGCAUUGAGUUCCCUUUGUGCACUUGGGAGUUUGACAAUAGAAACUAGAACAAAAAAUGAAUCAGUUGCUACACACUUGACGUUUGACCACUCUGGACACUUGAUAGCUGAAAAGAAGACAGCACGAAAAGUUGGUACUACUGUAACUGUUCAGAAGUUGUUCUCAAAUUUGCCCGUACGCAGCAAAGAAUUCAGUCGAAAUAUUCGUAAGGAAUACGGGAAGCUUAUUUCUUUAUUGAAUGCGUACGCUGUCAUUGCAAAAGGAGUUCGACUUGUCUGCACCAACAUGUCUGGUAAGAAUGCAAGAUCAGUGGUCUUGAAAACCCAAGGAAGUGGAUCACUUAAAGAUAACAUUAUAGCACUGUUUGGCAUGAGCACUUUUACGUGUUUGGAGCCUCUUAAUAUCUCCAUGUCGGAGGAUUGCAGAGUUGAGGGUUUUGUCUCUAAAUCUGGUAAUGGCAGUGGAAGAAAUAUGGGUGACAGACAAUUCUUUUAUGUAAAUGGUCGACCUGUUGAUAUGCCAAAAGUUAGUAAACUUGUAAAUGAGUUAUAUAGAGGUGCAAACUCACGUCAAUAUCCUAUUGCAAUCCUGAACUUCAUUUUUCCCGUUAUGGCAUAUGAUGUGAAUGUCACACCAGAUAAGAGGAAAGUGUUUUUCUCAGAUGAAGUCUCCUUUCUACAAUAUCUGAGAGAAGCAUUAGGGAUGAUCUAUUCGGCUAGUUCUGUCACUUACAGUGUCAUGAAUGUAACUGUACCUGAUGAAAAAGAUAAUAAAUCAUCUUCUUGCCCGGUGGGAUUGCAGCAGACUCCUGUGCAGCCGUCUCUCGAAAGAGCUCAGGCUGAAUUAUGUGACAAAAAGCAAGCUGCUGGACAUGAUAUUAUUCCAGAUCCUAUUGGGAAGGAUAGCCAAAUUUUAUCUUUUGGCCUCCACAACAAUGCUCAAAAUUCACAGGACAGGGAUUUUAGUCUUAAGGUCCACAGCAUUAAGAAGACAUAUAUUGAUUCACAUGGCCGUGACAACAAAAUGACUAGUGUUAGUAUCGAUGAACAAUGCCUUAAAGAGGUUGAAAGUGAUGUUGCAGUUGAUUAUGGUUUGAGCAAUAGGUCGAGCUUAGUUCAAUUGUCACUCAACAAGUUUGUCACUCUGCAAAAGAGAAAGUAUGAAAACAUGUCUAUGCCUUUAUCAGAAGCCCCAAUAUUGAGAAACGAAUCUAUUCAAUGCAAUGAAAAAGAUGAUGUAGAAUCACCUUUUGCUGCUGCAAGCUCAGUCACCAAGUUCCAUCGUGUUAUAGACUCUGCUGAGCUUUUUGGACACCAAUUAUCCAAGCAUUCUGAAACUGCUGCAGAUUUGUGUAAAACAAGUAGACCCUUUUUAAAUGAUGGUGAUGCCUGCCUGGAUGUGUUAACAGAGGAAGUCAGGGUUCAAAGCGAAAGAUCGCCUGUUACCAAAGCAUUUAUACCAAGUGUUUCAAGGAAAGAAAAUGCAGAAUGUGUGCUAAAAGAUGAAUCACUUGAAGCUCAGCCAACGGAAGGUUUCACUCCGUCGUUGGUUUUAAAUCCAUCCUUCACGUUGCAAUUUGAUAUGAAAGGCCUCUUGGAAAGGCGGAAACAGAAGUUUUCACUAUUGCAUUCAAGCUUUGAUGUUCAUACACAGACAAAAGCAAGGUGCUAUGCUGCUGCAACACUAGAGCUUUCUCAAGCAGAUAAUGAAGAAUGGAAAGCAAGGGCUCUUGCUGCUGCAACUACAGAACUGGAAAGACUUUUUAGAAAAAGAGACUUUAGCAGGAUGAAGGUAAUUGGGCAAUUCAAUCUAGGUUUUAUAAUUGGGAAGCUAGAUGAAGACUUAUUUAUUGUGGAUCAGCAUGCAGCUGAUGAGAAAUAUAAUUUUGAGCGGCUCUCAGAAUCAACAAUUAUGAACCAGCAGCCUUUACUGAGGCCAAUCAGGUUGGAGUUGUCUUUGGAGGAGGAAAUAGUUGCCUCAAUGCAUAUGGAUAUAAUCAGGAAAAAUGGUUUUUCCCUGGAAGAAGAUCUUGAGGCAUCUCCUGGAAACCGUUUUAUGUUAAAAACUGUGCCCUUCAGUAAAAAUGUAACAUUUGGAGUUGAAGAUGUGAAAGAGCUUAUUUCCACUCUUUCGGAUGGUCAAGGAGAAUGCUCAAUGAUGAGUACCUAUAAAUCGGAUACCUUAGACUCGAUUUGCCCUUCAAGAGUUCGAGCAAUGCUUGCAUCACGUGCCUGCAGAUCGUCCAUUAUGAUUGGUGAUGCACUUGGAAGGAAUGAAAUGCAGAAGAUCCUCGAGCACUUGGCUGAACUGAAGUCUCCGUGGAACUGCCCGCAUGGUAGACCCACCAUGCGGCAUUUGAUCAAUUUGGCUGUAGUCCGUGAUAGAGAAGCUCCAGAGAUUAAUAGUCUGUGACGGGACUCUGGUGCUUGAACCCGAAGAAACCCUGCCAAAGUGACGUAGUGACUACUGAGUACUGACUAGAUAGUAGUAACUAGUAAGUAGUAGUGCAGUUUUGUAAAUUACCCUGUAAAUAUGCUUAACUUACAAAUUACAAUUACAAUGUAAUGCUGUAAUGCAUCGAUAUUUUGAUCAAUAUUUUGCUCUUGAAAAGAAUAGGCGCCCUCCGAAGAUGAAACUGAAUAUCAGAAAAGCUGCUUUUCUUACCGUCAAACUCGGCUACUCAUGAUAAUGUUAUGACGAUUGAGAAUUAUGAAUUAGUAUAGUGGUCGAUGUGUUAGAGUAUAUAACAUAUCCUGGGGCCUUAACCAUCAGCGUAAGCUUUUGGUUGAGUUGGUUUCUUGAAAUGAUUUCAGAAGCCGGUGAAACAAGAGGUCAUCGGUUCGAAUCUAAACCACCCCUCAUUUAAAGUGGAAUAUUCAGCGUCAGGUAUGAGGAGGGUCCGUGUCGCAUUCACACUUAAAGCCCAUUGGGCUCUCGUGUGAGGGAGCGUGUUAGAGUAUAUAACAUAUCCUGGGGCCUUAACCAUCAGCUUAAGCUUUUGAUUGAGUUGGUUCCUUGAUACGAUUUCAUUGGGACAAAGGUUUGAUUUUCACUAUCUACAAGAAAGAUUAAUUCUCUUUUUCCUCUUGACUGUAGAUAUUAUUUAGUCUAUCCCUACAA